AUGGCUAGUAAACUGCACCAGAAGGCGGACCUCACGGCUGCGGGGAAUACGGGUGCUUCAGCUGACCCUAUCGUGACCCGUCUCGCGAAGGAGGACAAGGUUCCUUGGUACAAGAAGCCGAAUCUGCGAUCGCUCUACUUUAUGCUGUUUCCAACAUGUAUGGGCAUCGAGCUGACGUCUGGGUUCGACUCUCAGAUGAUCAACGCCCUUCAGAUCGUCCCUUCUUGGGUUUCCUUCUUCGGUAACCCUCAAAAUGAGUUGAAAGGAAUUAUCUCUGCGUCCUAUUCGCUCGGAGCUAUCCUCUCGCUGCCACUGGUGCCCAUCAUCAAUGACCGAUUAGGUAGAAGGUGGUCUAUCUUCCUCGGAUCUGUAACGAUGGUUAUCGGGUCGAUCAUUCAGGGCUUCUCCGUUAAUGUGGGCAUGUACAUUGUCGCCCGUCUGAUUCUCGGCUUCGGCAUUCCUACUUGCAUUGUCAGUGCAUCGGCAUUGAUAGGAGAGCUUGCUUAUCCAAAAGAAAGACCCAUCAUGACUUCGCUCUUUAACGUAUCCUACUUUCCAGGACAAAUUCUGGCUGCUGCUAUCUGUUUUGGUACCAACAAUAUCGCAAGCAACUGGGGUUGGAAAAUCCCCAGUCUCCUACAGAUGUGCCCCUCGCUCAUGCAGAUAGCUUUCGUCUGGUUUAUCCCUGAAAGUCCCCGUUGGCUCAUCACCAAAGAUCGCAGCGACGAGGCCUAUGCUAUCCUUGCCAAAUAUCACGCCGAGGGCGACCGUGAAGCCGAAUUUGUCAAGGCCGAAUUUGCACAGAUGGAGACCACAAUCCACCUUGAGCUCGAAUCAUCAAAGAAGUCCUGGGCUGACUUGUUUGCCACGAAAGGAAUGCGUCGCCGUCUGCUAGUCAGCUGUAUGCUGGGUCUAUUCACUCAGUGGAGCGGCAACACGCUCAUUUCAUACUACCUUGGCGACCUGCUCAGCAUGAUUGGGAGAACCGAUAGCGUUUUCAAGCAACAAAUCAAUGUGUCACUGGCGUGCUGGAAUUUGGUCGUCGCUUCCAUCGCCGCAAGUCUCGUGACGAGAUUCAGGAGACGGCCCAUGUAUCUCGUCUGCACUUGCAGUUUGCUGGUUGUCUACAUCUCUUGGACAAUCAGCAUGCAGCAGGCUAUGGCUGCAAUCGAAAGAAAGGAGAAGAAUCCUCCUUCCGGCAUUGCUACCAUUUUCUUCAUCUAUGCUUACUACCCCUGUUAUAACAUCGGAUACAAUGCCUUAACAUACACGUAUCUGGUCGAGCUUUGGCCGUAUAUGGAGCGAUCCAUGGGUAUCGCAGCCUUCCAGCUCUUCGGUCGCCUUUCGGGCUUCUUCACCACAUUCGUCAACCCGAUCGGGCUGGGCAAUGUGAAAUGGAGAUACUUGAUCUCCUACUGCUGCUUCCUCGCCUUCGAGAUCUGCUUUGUCUACUUCUUCUUCCCGGAAACUCAUGGUAGAACUCUCGAAGAAUUGGCAUUUUUAUUUGAGGACAAGGCACUUGCCGAUGAAGCUGUCCACGCUGUCGAGAAAUCUAUCGCGCAUCAUGAUGAAGGACCGGCUAUAGAGGGUAAGGAAGUCAGGGCUGGGAGCAAGGAGAUCUGA